CAAGAAUAUUUUGCAGUAGAUAACACUCAUAACAAACACUGACGAGAGAUUUCCAAUCAUGCAAAAUUUACUACUGAAGGCAUUAAUUUGCCUUCUACUCCUUUUGUCUAAUGACAGUGCAAGUAAUGAAUCUAACCUUAAAGUGCUGGAAACGAUGGCAGUCAUCGCAACUCACCGAUACAGAGGAACUCAAAACUCAUUGAACGAUAAUGAAAUUACGGAAGCGUACUGGAAGGCUCGCACUGAUUUUGACAUCGCCAUAGACGAAUUAAAAGACAGAAUAAAACUAUUGGAAAUGACGAGGUUUGAAUUUUUAAAGUACCAAACCUUAGAAGAUGGAAUAAAAUGGCUUCUGGCUGAAAUGAAAGAAGAUGCCAAUCAGUUCUAAUGAACUGCAGGAGAGUGAAUUCGAUUCCAAGGGAAUUCAAACAGGAUUGGUGAAGGGAA